AUGUUCUCGAGUUCGUACCAGGCCAGCACGUCCGACGCUCGUGCUGCGCGCCCAUGCACCGCGGACACGGACGACGACAGGCCCUCCACUCGGGCCCGUAGGGGAUCGGUGAUCAUCGAGGAGGAGGACGACACAGCCGUCAUCAUGUCCUCGAAUUCGACUCCUCUCCAGGUCCCCGUCAUACUUGGCUCGCACAGAGCCCGAUCGUAUCUCCACGGCAGUCAGCACCAUGGCGACUCCUCCGAUCAUUGGCCUCAUUACGCGUCCGUCGGCGUGCGAGAACAGACGGCAGAGCUGGCCAACAUCGUGCUCUCGGAUGCCUUGGGAACUUCUCCGCGAAUGUCUCCGAGCGCCCACGAUCCCGACGUACCGCCUCUGAGACUCCCGGGACGACCGAUGCCAGGGUCACGGAAUGGUCCGCACUCGGGCUACCCCGAGGGUCGUCGGGGGUCGCUGGUCUCUUCGCUGCACACACGUCCUGCGAGCCCGUCGCACCUAUCGCGGUUGUUCAGCGCCGACAAUUCGCCCCCGAAAUCACCUCCCUUGGCACCCGUCGCACCUCCGAUAGCGAGGGAAGUCUCCGUCGUGACCGUGGCGACCGAGAGAGAUUCGCUACUGCCGAAGAACUAUGGGACGGAUGAUGUGCACGCUUUCUAUCAUACGGUGGCACCGGCGCAGUCGGCUCAAGACCUGGAGUCGCAGUACCGACAUGAAUCCCUGUUUCGACGGAGCGGUCUGGACGGUGCGCGCAAAUGGCUCGGGGCGAACGGUGCACAUGCGGUACGGAAAUUCCGUCCCAAGCGGAAAGUGACCGCGCGAGAUGUGUGGAAGCAGGGAGUGGUACAGCCGGUGAGCCUCCUCCCCUCGGUGCUACUGGGGCUGUUGUUGAACGUGCUGGACGGCCUGUCAUACGGUAUGAUUUUGUUCCCGUUGGGAGAGAGCAUCUUCAGUGAUCUGGGCCCCGAUGGAUUGUCCAUGUUCUACGUAUCGUGUAUCGUAUCCCAGCUCGUGUAUUCAUGUGGAGGCAGUGCGUUCAAGGGAGGAAUCGGAUCAGAAAUGAUCGAAGUUGUACCGUUCUUCCAUAAGAUGGCAUUCACGAUUCUAGCGGAAGUUGGCCAAGACAAUCCGAAGUCGGUCCUUGCAACGACGAUUCUCUCUUAUGCGAUGAGCUCAGUCCUCACUGGCGCCGUCUUCUUCGCGUUGGGUUAUCUGAAGCUAGGGUCCUUGAUCGGGUUCUUUCCCAGACACAUUUUGGUUGGCUGUAUCGGUGGUGUUGGAUGGUUCCUGCUGGCUACGGGACUCGAAGUGUGCGCGAGACUCGACGGAAACCUUAGCUAUAACUUCGAGACGCUCGCCCUUCUGUUCGAACCAGCCACGUUUGCUCUAUGGAUUAUUCCGCUGAUCCUGGCCUGGGGACUGAUACUAUGCCAGAAGGUCAUCAAAAGCACACUCUUCAUGCCGCUUUACUUUCUUUCCAUCCCGGUCAUCUUCCAUAUUGUUGUCUUUGCGAUUCCGAAUCUAUCCAUUCCCGACUUGCGAGGAACCGGUUGGAUAUUCAGUGCUCCGGCUUCAGGAGUUCCAUUCUACCAUUUCUACACUCUCUACGAUUUUGGUGCCGUUGACUGGACUGCCCUCAUGAAGACGGUUCCAGCCAUGUUUGCGCUCACCUUUUUCGGUAUCCUCCACGUCCCCAUCAAUGUUCCUGCACUUGCAGUGUCCACGGGCAUCGACGACGUCGACGUGAACCGAGAAUUGAUUGCGCACGGAGUCUCGAACGCACUUUCCGGCUUCAGUGGGAGCAUUCAGAACUAUCUGGUCUACAGCAACUCGAUCCUCUUCAUGCGGGCCGGUGGUGACAGCCGUCUCGCUGGCAUAAUGUUGGCUGUGGGAACUUUUGCGAUAAUGGCGGCAGGACCGGCAGUCGUGGGGUACAUACCCGUCAUGGUCGUCGGUGCGCUCAUUUUCCUCCUCGGAAUCGAGCUCAUGAAGGAGGCGCUGGUCGAUACGUGGAGAAAGCUGAGCAAGUUGGAGUACUUCACGAUUUGUGCCAUUGUGGUGACCAUGGGUGCAUGGGACUUUGUGAUUGGAAUUCUGGUUGGUGUCUUGCUCGCCUGUGUUUCGCUCGUCCUUCAGACUUCGAGAAAAUCGCCGAUUCGCGCCACAUACUCGGGCACGGUUGCACGGUCCACGGUCCGGAGACAUCCCACGCAGCAACGCUUCCUCCGCGAAGUCGGCGCGCAGGUGGAGAUCAUCAAGCUUGCAGGGUACAUGUUCUUCGGUACUAUCGCCUCGGUCGAAACCCGCGUGCGGGGUCUCUUCGACGAUCAGCACACAACCCGCUUCGUCAUCAUUGAUCUGCUCCACGUCUCCGGCAUCGACUUCUCGGCCGCCGAGGCGUUCACCCGGAUGCAACGGCUCAUGGCUACAAGAGGUGUGGAGAUGGUGCUGAGUGGUGUAACACGUGGUGGGGAGAUUGGUAGUGCCCUCCGCGCCGUCGGUGUGUGGGGCGACGACCACACCAGCGGUCUAGUCUUUGAAACCCUCAACGAGGCACUCGAGUACACCGAGAACGAGUUCCUCAAAGCACUCUAUACGCCCAAGCGACCAAAAACCGCAUCCUUCCUCGAUGUUCCCAAGUCGUCCAACUUCAUCAUGGAUGCCUUCCACCCGGCCACAGCAUCGCCGCGGCGUACUAUAGUGCAGAACGCGGCGCAGACAACGCUGGGUAGCGAUGAAGUUGCGCAGAGCACGAAAUGGGCUAGCUUCCGACAGCCGUUGCCGCUAAUACUCCAGACGUUUCAAGGAAUGACGUCGAAGAAUGAGGACUUUUGGUUUAGUGUUUGUGGCUUCUUUGAGAAGAGGUUUUACGAAGAGGGGACGGUCGUUUUCAAGCGAGGGGAUGUUUCGACAGAAUUCUUCCUUAUCGAAGAUGGUAUGUUCCAUGCAGAAUACGAUCUCGAUCAAGGACGAUUCUCGGAGAGCAUUGUGGCCGACACUGAUAUGGAGAUCGCAAUAGGAACCACGUGCGGAGAACUUCCCUUCUUCUCGGAAACAGUGCGCAGUGCAACCGUGUACGCCGAGAAGGAUACGGUCGCGUGGGUCAUGGACGAUAAGUCGUGGCACAAGCUGCAGAUCCAGAAUGGCGAGGCAGCCACGGAGCUGCUGAGGAUCGCUCUCAAGUAA